UAGACCACCAUCGAAAACCUGGAUUUCCAUUUUCUUAUGAGGAAUGUAAGAGAAAACUAGGAUUUCUGUUAUAAACCAUCUAUGAAAACGUCUGAAGCCUCUGAGUUGCAUCGUCUCUAAGACCUCAACCAGGGAGUUGUGGUAAAUUAACAGAUUAUCGUUCAAUACAGCUUUCUAUCAAAUCACUGCACUACGCCAUAAACUGACCGCUUCACGUUUUCCAUCCUGUGCUAGGGUCGGCAUAUGAUGCCGUGUAUGGAAUUCGUUAUGAUAAAAUUGUUAAUGUGUAUCCAAGCCACUGAUACCUGUUGUUUCAACGUGGUAACACCAACUGAGUUAUAAUCACUGCAUCCGAUCAGACGUUGGGGAACCUGAGUAUUACUAACAUGAUGUUGUUUCUCCAUGCAAGUUUUUUGGGGACGAUGAUGAUUAAUUACACAGAUACCAAACGUUCUCAACAUAGAGAACGAGUUCCACAUGAAUGAUAUGAGCUUCUCUGACUUUCACUAUACGUGGAUUGAUCUCAUCACCCACGCUACCACCAGCACUUGCACAACUACCCAGAUACGCGGGCUUUUCAAACGGAUCGCCACUAAGAAUGAUUACGAAUCAAAACUACUGCUAAUCUUCUGGAAUUAUAGUACAUCUGAAAUGUGUAAGGUACUUGCUAUACUUAUGGACGCUGACUCCCAACCAAACGAACACGAUUUGCAAAGCUUUAGUAUCAUCUCACAAUCAGAUAUUAUCAUACACAUACGCAUGGUCGGAAAGUCUUUCUCCAGGAAACGAGUUCACACUAUAACCACGUACUUAAAGAGGAAUGAUGAAAUUAGGCAACCUGGCCUAACCUCAUUGAUCGAGUGAAAUAAUGUAAAUUGGCGGCUGUAUAAUCCCACUCUACAUGAGGUAUUCCUAUAUAAGGUUUUCAAGAUGUUAAUAAACUUCUUAAGCCAAAUUCUCUCCUAACAGGCGAUCACAGAGAACAGACCUGUCCAAAGAAUCGAAGGUGGUUCUAAUAUUAUGAAACACAAUGACUUUAGGCUUCGAGUAAGUGCGGUUGACUGUAAAUACUUGGUUAACGCAUGCACGACUUGAUUGGAAACCAACGUGUUCCUGAGGAUUCAGUCUUUGACGCGUUUGAACCAAUUUGAGAAGCAUAACGGAAGCCAUUAGUUUGGACAUGAACAGUAGACUUAUCCACCUAUAUAGUUCUUGUGUAGAUAACGUAGGCUCUUUCUAAAUAUCAGAAUGAUAAUCGCUUCAUUUCAAGGUGUUGGAACAUUCUAUCUCUUAAUCCGUUUCAAACAACCAAAUCAAUCCGCUGAUGGAAACUUCUGCAUCAUAUUUAAAGAGAGACUGGGUAAGUAUAUUGAUUUAUUGACUCCGAUGGUUUAAAAUAGCUUUCAGCAAUUACCAGUUGCAGCAGCCGUUUCCAACUUGGUGGCGCGCUCCGACUACUAGGUUUCUCGGUUUCUAAUGCAAACUUUGAACAUUUUAUUUGCGUAAGGAUCUACGUUAGUCAUCAAACUCGCGCUGGCUGUAGUAGAUUGGUGUGCUCUGAGGAGUUUAAAAAGCCCAGUGCUCAUAAUCAGGACCUUUCUCUAAGCCACGUGAAACGUCCCCCAUCAUUUUCAUAUGACCCUGCAAACUCAAUCUAGCCUCAUCUAUAUUUUUUGAUGAACUGGCUACUAACCUUGAACCGAACUCAGUGUGAUAUUUGAUUGCAAUGGAAUCUAAAACCAAUUUAUCCAAAUUAACCCUUUUAAGACAAAGCAGUGGUUGACCAUCAAAAGCAAGAUAAGCUCCAGCAAACCAAACCGUGAUCAGAGUUCAGAAAGGUACUCCAAAAGGAGUGUCAGUCUUGUAUACUACCCCGUCAGAGGUAAAUGCUCAGGAUGUGAUCAAUUUGACCACAAAGCUGAGUUACAGAGCAAUGAUGCCAAGGAGAACAUCGCCAAUGACUACGUUGAAAGUUGGUGCUUACCAGAAACUGGUUGUAUUCUGCACAAAGCUGCAGUAGGUGGUCACCGUCAUCUGACCUGAGACCCACAAGUCCUCAUCACCCACCAAAGCAAUUCUCUUCUGUGAUCAAAUACCAAAUCUACUUAUUAAAAUCUCCGAUUAGUACUACGAUAUAUAUCGAGGGUGUUUUUUGAAAAUAUCAUAAUGUUGGUAGACCUCCCUCGAAGUGCAAAAUGUUACUUCAGGAUUGUGUUGCAUCGACACCUGAACUAAUGAUAGGGAGCGAAGUAGUUGAGCGUGUUGACUGCUUCAUUGAUCUUGGGAGCCUCAUCAGCCCUUGUGGUCUGGUAUGUGACGAAAUGUCAGCACGGAUACAGAAGGCUCGUCUAGCUUUCGCCAACUUGCGUCAUUUAUGGCGUAGGCGAGAUAUCCGUCUAGCAACAAAAGGACAGGUUUACUGUGCAGCAGUUCGCUCCGUCCUACUUUAUGGCAGUGAAAUAUGGCCGAUAAGAGUAGAGGAUAUUCGUAGGCUACUAGUAUUCGAUCAUAGGUGUCUACGAAGCAUUGCUCGUAUAUCCUGGGACCAUCGGGUAAGUAAUGCUGAUGUUAGGAAACGGGUACUAGGUAAGGAUGGCAAAUCGAUUGAUGAAGUAGUGAAACUUCAUCAGUUGAGAUGGCUGGGACGUGUGUUACGUAUGCCCAACCACCGACUGCCCCGACGUGCAAUGCUUUCUGGUGUAGGAGUAGGUUGGAAGAAAGCUAGAUGCGACCACACCAAAACAUGGCAUAAAUCCAUGAAGUCACUGACAAGUGGAUUGGGCCAUGUUGGUAGGUGUAGAUUACCUGGUUGGGAUUCGCGAGAUGAUAUCAACCGAUGGUUAGAGACCUUGAAUGACAUGGCUCAAAAUCGUUUGCAAUGGCAAAGAUGCAUCCACUCUUUGUGUUCUACCAAAUUCUAAUCUUCUGAAUUCCUCAUGUCUUUAUAUUUUUCUCUUUCCAAAUUUAUUUCACUGUACUAUACUCCUUGAAUAACAUCUUCAAACCCUUAUCUUUCACAUAAUACUUAUACUUUUACUACUUCUACCAAUAUAGGAUUUGAAUCGACAACUGCAUCUCUGUGCUGAUGUGGUAUGGCAACUCGAACUGAUGUACGUACGUACGAAGUUCUGCGUUGUAACUGACUGACUGACUGAGACUUCAUUACUGAUUGCAUCCGAACCGUAGUCUGUCGAGACAUAAGUAGAGACUAUGAAAGAACAUCGUUUCCCUCACCUAUUUUCUCUCACUUUGAUAAAGCCUUCUAAUCUGAUAACAUAUGAACAACUGUAAACGGGGAUUCAGUAGAUUAGUACUCCCUGUUUUGUGGAACUUGAUGGCAUUUCAACUCAUUGGUAUUCUAUAAUUCCAUACUUAUAAAUUGGCUCAAACUAUUUUCAUUCUCAAUAUUCUGAUUGUUGCGGUAGAUUUGAGGGUUACUUUUGUAGAUUCCAAUGUAUGUACCAAUAUUUGAACCUCUACACCUGUUGCAGUCACUUACUUAAAACUCUAUUUAACUUGUGAGUUAAUAAAAUAUAGAUUGUUUUGAUUUUUUUAUUUGACUUAUUAUUUUUGGUUCUCAUGUUUUCAGUGCAAACUUAUUUGUGUUUGAGAUUGGGAAGUUGAUUUGUACAUCAUUUAUACUUAUGAUUCCUGUACUUUUAUAUUGUUUAAACUAAAUGUUCUAAUUGUAAGGUUAAGUUAUUAAGCUAAAUAACAUUGUGUAAGCGUAACUAAAGGAGUAGUGUUUCAUUAGUCAUUUAGUGCCUUGUAAUUGUUAUCUUACUAAAAGAUGAAAAUACCGCUCACUUUUCCCAUACAAUCAUAUGUUGCGUUUCCAUUUUCCACUUGGCUUUGAUUCCCUAACAUGGGGUCGUGGUUGCACGUGAUUGAUUAGUCUCUUACUGGCAAGUGAUAGCCGUUCAAUCCCUCUAGGUUUCAACUGGUUGUCCACAAUCACUUCAUGAUUUGAAAUUUAUUUAACAUUCACUUCUUGACAUAUUCCGUGAUAAGUUUGUGGAAAGAUUGUCAAAACACCAAUCCUAAGAGGUUUCAGUACUCUAAUGGUGGUUUAAAUAAUAUUCCUGAUAUGUAGUACAGAUUUUUACAGAAACGGUUUACUUUAAUUUUGAUUUGCCAAAUAUUUUAUUUUUCAUACAUUGCAUUUGCGAAUCUAUUUAUUAGUGUAUGUCAUUCUCGAAAUUGUUAUCUUUACGUUUUCGCACUUCAUAGUAUUUCAACGAAUCAAUUAUUAAUGCUUCCAGGACAUAAUUUUGUACAUGUUCUGUUAGAGAAUGAACAAACAAAGGAAGGGUCUAAACAACGUCCAUCUUGCGAAGAUGUUACUCAAGAAUAUUUCGAAUUUAUUCUUAAAAAUAUCAAUCACAUUUCGGACAUGUCUACUGACAAAAUUCCUAAUCUUUUUGGUUCUUACACAUUUUUGUCAACUGAUUCGAAUGAUUCUGUUAGUUCAUCUUCGCCACCAUCUCCACGGAAUUUUCCAGCACCCGACCAACCAGCCCAGCACAAUCUAUCUUCUUUUCUACAUUUACAUGUUGAAAGCAUGAUUGAUCAAGCAUCUAAUAAAAAUUCUUCUUUUGGUCAAACAGCAGUUGCAUAUGAAUUGCCAACAUGUAAAGCUUGGUUUAUGGCAUGUUAUAGAAUAUAUACAAGUUUAAUAUCAGAUGAACAUUUAACCAAAGUCUCAACUCCCGAAAUGACUACCAGUCAAAAUGAUUCAUCCUCACGUAUUGGAAGUGGAGGAGCAGUAGCUAGUUUAUCACAAUCAUGGCAUAAUGCAUUAAUCUCUAUCCUCUGUCCUACACUUCACACCUCGACAUUAUCUAUAGCCCAAAAAAAAACAUCACAAAAAUCUGUUACACAAGAAGAAGAAGAAAUUUUACUCACUUCAGAUUACAAUAAUCCAUGGUCUACUAUGGAUCCAAUUAAUCGUUUAUCUACUAUUCGUUAUCGACCUGCUACAUCUACUGCUGAAAAUCAUUAUAAACAAGAUUUGCCUGUUCAUUAUUCAUGUACAUAUCAUAUAAUCAAGGUUAUUUCCGCUUAUAAUGUAGCUAUUGGUUUAGCUCGUGGCCAUUCAGUAUUUCGUCUUUUAGAGAAACUAUCAAGUCGACUAACUCAUCUUUAUCUAGCUGGACGUGUAACAUGUCCCACUAUAUCAUUAUCAGGUCAACCAUGUCAAUAUGAACUGCAUCGUGUACCAGAUGAUUGCAACACUAUGAAGGUUAUUCUAUCAACUAUAGAUAAUAAAAUUAGUGAAGAUUAUACUGCUUUUAAUUCUGAUGGAAAUUUACUAUCCCAAAAUCACUAUCAACCACAUUCUAGUAUAAAUAAAUUGCAUAGAAUUGACUUAACACUCAAAGAUGAAUAUAUUGUUCCUUUUGGUCUCAGUGGUAAAUGGAAACGGUAUUGGAUAGAAUGCGCCAUUAAAAGUUUUACCAAUAAUAAUGGUAGUUUAUCAAAUCAGAAAUUGUUAAAUGAGAAACAAACAAAUGAUGCUUUAAAUUCGGAUAAUCCAGAUCAACAUUUAGCUGUUAUGCCACAUCGGUCUGAUGUAAUAAUGAUAAGUUCAUGUGGUUGUGGUCGUCAACAAGCUGAAAGAUCAGAUCCAUUUGAUUAUAAAGAAGCUAAUUGGCGAUUUUAUCACAUAUUAUCUAGUAUUUGUUGUAAUAAGUUAACGAAUAUUCCAUUAUCACCACAAAUUUUGUCUGAUCCACGGCAUACGUUUUGUCUGCCGAAUGAAAAUCAUGUUGUAACGUCGUCAUCAUCGAGUCAUCGAACUAACAGGAAAGUAUCCAAUGAAAAAGCAGUAUGCAUUCUAACAAAACCCAAGAAGGAGACAGCAUCGUCAUCAUCACCUCCACCUCCACCUUCAUUAUCUCUUGUAGGUCGAGCUGAAAAGUUAACGAAAAAUCAUCCAACGAAUAAUGAUGAUGAAGCAGAUACCGAUGCAGAUAUCGGCCUUUCACAACCUGAAGAUAAUGACCUAUUAUUAUUAUCAGCCGAUUCUGAUCAUUCAAAUUUCAGUGAAAUGAUGAAUAGAAAAUCGACUGAUGAUGGAUCAGAUGAUUCUAGAGAUGGCAAAUACAUUGAUGCUGUCAAUGAUUUAUCCGGAAAUUGUUCAUCACCGAAUCCAUCUGAACUAUCCAACACAUCAGAUUCAAUGGUUCCUUUACAAAAUGAUCUAGUACACCAAACAGCUGAAACGAAGAAUGAUGAAUAUGUUGGUGUACCUGCUCACCAUUCACCAUCUUCACAAUCAAAAAUAAAUGUGUCAACAAAUUCUGUUAGAGUUGAUAAUAUUCAUUCAAGUGAUUCAACACCUUUAUAUCCUGCUGUAUUUCGUGAUGGUGUACCAAAUACUAAUUGGUUUGUUGGCGAUUUACCACUUUAUCCAUCGUGGUCUAUCUAUGCACUCGGGAAGUAUUUCAGUUAUUCUCAUUCUUCCGGAUUACCUUGUCGAGGAUUUAUGCGUAACAGUAAUUUCUUACUUCCGUGGGAUGUAUCUUUAAUGAAUAAUAAUAAUAAUGCCCGAAAUGGUUCCGAGCGUGGACGUUUUAGUAAAUCCGCAAGAGGAAGAUAUCGAGGAGGUAGAACAGAAUCAGACACAGUGAAAUUGUUUAUUGGUUUUGAAAUGGAAUGUUCAAUGGGUCAUCGAUUCUUUAUCACCGGCACUGACCGAAUUAUGGAUGGUCCAAUGCAAAGUAGUCAAGUUCGACGAGCCGUUCACUCGUUGUUAACACGUGAUUUACCUAUUUUCAUGCCAUGCCAAUGUCACCAUCCAACCUCACAUGUAUUUCUUGGUAAUACACGUCAUUCCACUAAUCCUACUAGUGAAUGGGAUGUAGGUGGUAAUACUAGUACAAUGAAAUCAUCUAAUUAUACAAAAAAUUCAACUGUCAUGGCACAGUUAUCACGAAUAUAUUUAGCUAUACCAGCUGCUCCUAUUCAAGUUCGUUUUCAACCAUGUAUACGACCAGGACCUGCAAAACUUACUCCAAUCUUUCACCUAGGACAUACAUUAGAUCAAUGUUGUGAUAAAAAAUUGGAUAGUGUAAUAAAUUCAGAUUAUGAUCAAAGUUAUCCAGUUGAUGAUGAUGGUUACUUUUAUGAAGAUCGUAUCAAAUCUAGCAUAAAUUUACAUUCGGAUACCAUUCGUAGUGAGAAAUACCAAUCACCAGGUUAUGUUACAUUAGACAAUGGAUAUUUGUGGGUUAUCCGAUUACCUCUUGCCUAUCAUGAUGGAACAAAACUCUAUCCGAAACCAUUGUAUCCAAGUGAUUGUAAUGAGUGGAAAUUAUUAAAAGGAUGUAUAAAACUUGUAGCAUGAAAAGAUGCCUACCAAAUGUAUUGUAUUUACUAUGUGCAAAUAUACUCUUUGAUUUUUCAGAAAAAAUAUAUGUUCUUUUUCAUUGU